AUGAAGAAGAAUAAACACGUAGGUGGUAAAACGUUUGAGAAAUUUAGGUGGACGAUUAAGAAGUUCUCUGAAUUGGACUCCGAGGAACUGUACUCUGAAAAUUUCGUCCUCAAUGGUCACGCAUGGCGGAUUCUUAUCUACCCAAAGGGAGAUGGUGUGGACUACUUGUCAAUUUAUUUAGAAGCUUGGGGUCUUGAUAAUUUUCCAGAAUGCUGGAGCAGAUUUGCAAAUUUUGAGUUGGCUCUAAUUAAUCAGGUCAAUGGCAAAUUGACAAAAGUAAAAGGAAUCAAACAGAGUGAGUGUACAUUCAAUGCAACUGAGAAUAUCAGGGGUUACCCAGAGUUCAUACCCUUAGAUAAACUUUGUGGCCCUAGCAGUGGGUUUAUUGUUAAUGAUACUUGUGUAAUUGAAGCUAGGAUUUUCCUUAGCAAGUCAGAAGUUGAACAAACUUGGGAGUUUAUGGAUUUCAAGGGUUUAGGUGAAAUAGAAAAAGCUUUUGUUCCAUUGCUAGAGGAAGUGUGUUCAUGGCAUCCGUCACUAGUUGAUUGCCAACGGAAGAGGCGUCGCAAGUAUUCUGAAUUGGCAUUCACAACUCUGGGUGAGGUUCUACAUUUUUUGAAGACUAAGAAAGUGAAAGAUAUGGAUGAUGAUGAAUGUAAGCAUCUUCAGAAUUUAUGGGAGGAGCUUGAAACAUUUGGGUUUGAUUUGUCCUGGCUGGUAGCUCAUUAUCAAUAUGCUUUAGACAUGAAAGGUUAUAGAAAGAAAGUUGAGCAUGUGAAAAGGAUGGAGGAGAAAGUAGAUGCUUUAGAACUGGAACUUGAAGUAGCAAGAAGAGAGUUGGUGAGCCUAAAAGAAGUAGUUGAAGAGAAACAUUUGGAUGCAAAACUAGGAUAUGGAGGGUGA